GUAACAAACAUAUAUAAAUAAAAACAGACAAAAAGUGCGUUGGUUUAUUAUAAUCUGUAUAAAAUAUGCAUGAACUAACUUCAUUCGUCUUCAGUCGUACGCUCACGUUAAAGCUUUUCAAGAUGGUCGUCCAUCAAAUAGACACAGAAAUAAGCUAAUUUAUGAGUUUAUUCGCCCAGGGAAAAAACUCACUUCAAAACAUUUGGCCAGUUUGUGUGGUGAAAACAUUGUCCUCUUGGGUUCCCCAUACUUGCGUCUACCUCUCCGCCUCACAGGCUAAAAGAUGGCCGAAGCACAUCCAUGGCCUAGCCGGUUCUUCUGUCACAGAUGCUCCGCGGAAAUAAGUCCUCGCCUUCCCGAUUACACCUGUCCAAGAUGUGAAUCGGGGUUCAUUGAGGAAUUGCUGGAAGAAAGAAGUGCUGACAAUGGCUCCGUGUCUUCCAUCUCCAGCGGGCCACAAAACCAGCAACCAUUUGAGAGCACAGACCAGCACUUGUUUACAUUCCCGUCGGGCUACGGCCAGUUCUCACUAAGCGUCUUCGAUGACGCCUUCGACUUUGGGGCCGGACUCGGAGCAGAAGACAACCGCGACGCCGAGAGCCGGCGAGAAAGGGAGAAUGCGUCGCGGCAACGCUACAGCACCAGGCAACCAAGGAGUCGUCACGGCUCCAGACGGCAGCCGGGCAGACAUGAUGGAGUUCCGACUUUGGAGGGAAUCAUUCAGCAACUAGUGAAUGGAAUCAUUGCGCCGACUGCGAUGCCAAAUAUUGGAGUUGGACCCUGGGGCGUUCUUCAUUCGAAUCCUAUGGAUUAUGCAUGGGGUGCUAAUGGGCUAGAUGCUAUUAUAACACAGUUAUUAAACCAGUUUGAGAACACGGGGCCUCCGCCUGCUGAUAGAGAUAAAAUAAAAAAUCUUCCUUCAGUCUUAGUUUCAGCGGAGCAUGUUGCUUCAGGGCUGGAAUGUCCAGUGUGCAAAGAAGAUUACAGUGUGGGAGAAAACGUGAGGCAGUUGCCGUGCAAUCACAUGUUCCACAAUGAUUGCAUUGUACCCUGGCUAGAGCAGCACGACACGUGUCCAGUGUGCAGGAAAAGCUUGAGCGGCCAGAAUACGGCGACUAACCCUCCAGAACUAUCAGGGAUUAACUAUACCUCCUCCUCUUCCUCCACUUCCUCAACAUCUUCCUCAUCCUCUUCCACCCCGCAAUCCUCCAGCUCUACCAGUAAUGAGAACUCCACUGACAACUCGUAGAGAAAACUUUCUUAUCCGUCUCCACAUUUACUUUUAUUAUGAGCCGUCUGGAGCUCCAGGCCUGCUCUCGUCUCUAAAAGAGGCAAAAACUGGGGUGAAUUCUCAUUGAGACAGCACUCGGUUCAGUGGUAAGAGGUGAGGUCCGACUGCUCCUGCUUUGUUUUUUUUUUUUGUUUCUUUUUUUAAAAUCGUUCAGGGAUCCAAACAGAAGUCUGGCUGGAAGCCCCAUGGACGACAGCCGCUUUAAGGGACAAUGUGGGGAAGCGUGCAAGAGACUUCAGACGACAUCUCAUGCCAGAGCAUUUUUGAAUUGAACUGUUUUUGCAAAUUGACAUGUACAUUUAUUCCAUUUUCAAGAUCUAUCAUAUCCAAGGUUUUACUGUGUGUCCAUAUGUUCUAUCAUGGUUCAUUUUAUUUUCAAAUUUGCAGGUGUUUAAUUAUGAAAUCUUCACUUGCAGGAUAAGACCCAACUGUAUUUUGAUGUGAGAACUUGCUUUCCACACACACAUACACAGCAUUUUUUUUUUUUUUUACCCGCCAAACCUAAAAAUCUUUCAGAUUCUCCAUGUAGUUGGAACAUUUCAUGCGCGGUAUAACCUCAGUGGACAGUCAGUGCUUCUCAAAGGUUGCCAGUUGAUUUGCAGUAUGAAAAUAAAGAGGUUUGGGUGGUAUCACUCAAGACUCAUUGUUCUUGUGUGUAUUUUUUUUUUUUAACCAAACUAAUGUAAUCAAUAAUCCGGCACAGGUCCUCAUUUGUUACAAGACUAAUGAAUAGAGAGCCAUUUUGCUAAGAACAUGUUCCUAUUUUAUCAUCAAUAAGCAGAAACAGGACCCAUUUUGAUCCCAAACCAAUGAGGAAGCAACUUCAAUGUAGAAUAAGAUUUUUUAGAUAGUUUUGUACUUGCUCACGUUCUCUUGUUAGUAAUUCUUGCCUGCAUCAAUGGUGUUAUCAAUUCUGCUUCCGUUUUAAUUGUAUGGUCUUCAAAGGUGUAUUUCCUCCAUUUUGAAUCACUCCACUCAGGUUCAAAGGACUUCCAUCACAACACAUUGUUCCUAUGUAACUGAUUUAAGUUUCAUGGUGAGAGAAAGGGAAUAGUUUAGCUUUACUAUGUGAGACUACUCAAAAUUUUCAACAAUGGGAAUGAGUCUGUUGUAAAUGAGUUGCCUUUUCAUCUUUGUGUUCACGGCUAUUUUAUAAACUCGUAGCCAUUGACAGCGAUAGACAUCAGAUCCAUUUUAACUUCUUUGGCUGGCAUUAGAUGAUCAUGUUUCAGUGCCAUUGACUGUGCUAAACGUCUAUUUUGGCAUGGCCGCGAUCGAUCGCUUUCAGUCAAAAUUGAUUUGACGACUAUCAUUGUCGAUUGCAGCCAAUGAGUUAAAUUAUGAAAAAUUUUAAAGCUGAUCCAACAGUAAUAAGUUUGUUGGUGUGUUUCCUUAAUAGUAACAGUAACGUUUUGUUAUGCCAAAUUUUCUGUCAUGUCAUUGUAAAACAGUUUGUCAAUCUCUGUCAAUGGCAGCCAAUGAGUUAAAUGGUUUUUCAAAACCUCAAUAAAAUUUUGUUGUAUCAAUAUCUUUUUAAGUUAAUAUAAUGAUAUAAAUUAGUUCAUACAUUCUCUGUGAUAUUUCAUUGGUAACCAUACCGCAGGGGUCAGCAACCUGUGGCUCUAAAGCCUCAUGUGGCUUUAUAGCGCUAGCGCUCGUUAUUGCCCUAGUGUCUGCCUGGAGCUUUUUCAAAAAUGUUUGAAAAUGGAAAAAUAUUGGAGAAGAAAAUAUAUUUAUGUUUUAAUAUUUUUUCUGUUGGAGGACAAACAUUCUUCUAAUUUAUUAAUAUUGUAAUGAAAUUAAAUUUAGGCGGCAUCGUACAACUGAGUAGUCAGGUGGUGCGUCAUUACACGGCAUGGAAAAUAUGGAUUUCAUCAUUAAGGUUCAUUAUGUACAGUGGCGAGAACAAGUAUUUGAUACACUGCCAAUGGGUUUUCCCAUUCGCCAAUGGGUUUUCCCAUUCGCAGUGUAUCAAAUACUUGUUCUCCCCACUGUAUAUGUAGCCAACUUAGAUACAUACAGUGCUGGCUAAAAGUACUGUACAGUGUAUCGCAAAAGUGAGUACACCCCUCGAAUUUUUGCAGAUAUUUAAGUAUAUCUUUUCACGGGACAACACCGACAAAAUGACACUUUGACGCAAUGAAAAGUAGUCUGUGUGCAGCUUAUACAAGAGUUAAUUUAUAUUCCCCUCAAAAUAUAGCCAUUGAUAUCUAAACCCCUGACAACAAAUGUGAGUAGACUCCAUAGAAACUACGUACAUCCCUAAAUGUCCAGGAGCACCAUUUUCCACCAUAAUGUAGGGCCCAGUGUGAGAAAGCUGGGUCUCCCUCAGUGGUCAUGGGUCUUCCAGCAGGACAAUGACCCAAAACACACUUCAAAAAGCACUAGAAAACGGUUUGAGGGAAAGCAAUGGAGACUUCAAAAGUGGCCAGCAAUGAGUCCAGACCUGAAUUCCAUAGAACACCUGUGGCGUAGUGGUGCACGAUAUUUAUCAGUCCGAUAAUUAUCGGUCCGAUAAUAGGAAUUAUGACGUCAUCCCAAUAAAUCCGAUAACCAUAUGUUAUCGGGCCUAUUAUUAUUCUUUUUGGCGUGGUGUCGGAUGAGGAUGUGUGCAUUUGUUUCUACUCCUGUUUUGCCAGAAUGCAAAGUUUUGUUACUGUUCUAGAGGCCGUAUUUUUCCUUCACUGAGUUAUAAACCUUACUAUGGCAAUUAGCAAAUGUUUGCAUUUUACAGUGUUAUGUUUACAAGUUCUUGAGAGGCCUUUUGGUUAUUGAUAGGCUUGCUGUUCUAUAACUGCCAAGUUAAGAAAGUUGUUUCAUGGACCAAGUCGACAAGUCUCCUCUCCUGUUGCACCAUUUUUUUUUUUUAUCUGCUGACAAAGCAGAAUACCUGUUGGGUUUAUGUUUGUUUUAGAUCAGUGCUCAUUGUUCAGGGGAACACAUCGUCAAUGAUAUUG